AUGAGAUUCCACAUAUUUUCUGUUGCAUUUCAGCUGUCAAAUAUUAUAUGGGGUGAGGCUGGGGAAUGUGAAGAUCAUAUUGUUCCAUAUCGAGAUGCAAAUGAAGAAAAACCUCUAGGUUCGCAUGGAGAUUGUAUUAAGAAAGAAAAGAAUCAGGAAGCUGUAGAUGUAAAAACUGCUGAACAGAAGAAACCUGCUACACAAAGUGAUCUACAUGGACUAAAACUACAAUGCAGUUCCCAAUAUGACACAAAUGAAGAUCUUCCUGCAAUGGAAUUUGGUGCGGACUCAUGGCCUGAUCUCUCGUUACCGGGUGCUGCAAAAGCUAAUGAAGAUACUAUGGAAGACAAGGCUGCUCCUCUCGAUAAUGCUUCUGAAAUUUUCCAGAGCCCUCUUGAUGAUAGUGAGCAAGGCGAUUUUGUUGGUUAUGGUUGGACUAGUGUUAGGAGCUUUGAGGACCUUGAGAGGAUCUUUAGCAAUGAAGAUCCGAUAUUUGGACGUGGAAGCCUCGUCAAUGCAGAUGAGCUAUGGUCAUCUUCCAAAGAUGUCACCAGCAGCCCUGAGAAGUCAAUUCCCAUGUCAGGUGACUCUCCACGUCUGGGGCUAGGCUCACUGAGGAGCACGUCAGAGCACUUUGAUGUUCAAGGAGAGUACCUGUCAGAUCAAAAUCAGUGCUUUACUCCAGGACAUGAGAAAAUAAACUUGUUGACAUCCAAUGUCCCGCAGGAUGUGAAGUCUUGUGCAGGAAAUAUAGGAUACACCAGAAGUAGCAGUAAUAUCUCAAUGAAGGAGAAGGCAGCUUUUGAGAUGAGUGGAAGUAAGCCAGUAUAUAACUUACAGCUUGAUUCAGGAAAUUUUGCAGUCACUAACGAGUGUAUGGUGAAGGGGAAUAAACAAAAGAAGUUGAAAGGCAGGAAGAAAUCAGCAGAAAAAAGUGAAGGCAGGCAUUUGCAGAAUUUACAAGGAUGGACUCAAACUGGAAACCAGUUUCUUCAAUUCGAUGCCCCAUAUGCACCAAAUAUGGGUCAAUCUAGCUCGUCUUUGGUGUUCAGUCAGCAGACACAAUUUCAAGGAUCAGAGUCUUCACAUUACAAGCAUCACUCUAGGCCACUUUUGACUUCUUUCAUUCAUGGUACUAUGGCCAAGCAGUAUGCUGCUAUGCCUGUUUUGUCGCAAUUUCAUUCUGGAGAAGUUAGCCAGCAGCCCGCCAUUUCCAGCUAUGAGGUUCCUGGGCACUUGAAUCCUUCUACUGAACCUUCUUUUAAGUCUUUGACAAUGACUCAGGAGAAGAUUGAGAAAUUAAGGAGGCGACAGCAAAUGAGAGCAAUGCUUGCAAUUCAGAAACAACAGCACCAGUUUGGCAAUCAAAUGUCAUCUACUGAAUAUUCAGCUAUGGAAGGAGAAAAUAUUGAAGCAGAGGAAAACCUUUCAACAGUUGCGUCUCUUGAGCCAAAUUCACCCAUAGAACAAGAUGAUUCCAAUACAGCAUGUGUGCUGCGUGAUGAUUGCUCAGUCCAGGAUUCAAUACUAUAUCAACUUCAGGAUAUUGUAGCAAAGUUGGACAUGAGGAUAAGACUUUGCAUUAGGGAUAGUCUGUUUCGACUAGCUCAGAGUGCUGGUCAAAGGCAGAAUGCCAGUGAUACAAGCUGUAGCAAUAAGAGCAACAGACAUGAAGUUCUCAGCAAAGAAAAAAUUAACACUCACAACAGGUUAGAGAAUCUACUGCCAUUCAUGCUAAAUAUUGAUGAAUGA